CUCCACCACCUUCCUCCACUACACAUACACACACUGCUCCGCUAAAGAUGUGAAAAUGGCGGAGCUGCAAAUGCUACUGGAAGAGGAGAUUCCAGCAGGACGAAGCGCGCUACUGGACAGUUUCACCAAUUUAGAACGAGUCGCGGAGUACUGCGAGAGCAACUAUGUCCAGUCUCCAGACAAAGAGAGGGCGCUGGAAGAGACUAAGAACUACACCACCCAGUCUCUGGCCAGCGUAGCCUACCUGAUCAACACACUGGCCAACAAUGUCCUGCAGAUGCUGGACAUCCAGGCCUCGCAGCUCCGCCGCAUGGAGUCCUCCAUCAACCACAUCUCACAGACGGUGGACAUCCACAAAGAGAAAGUAGCACGGCGGGAGAUCGGCAUCCUCACCACCAACAAGAACACAUCCCGCACACACAAGAUCAUCGCCCCAGCCAAUCCUGAGAGGCCUGUGCGCUACAUCCGCAAGCCCGUCGACUACAGCCUGUUAGACGACAUGGGUCAUGGAGUCAAGGCCAGCGCCCAGAACAUGAAGGCCGGAGGAGGCGGACUCCCUCGCACCAACCCCCCCACACAGAAGCCCCCCAGCCCACCCAUGUCAGGCAAAGGGACCCUUGGGCGCCACUCCCCCUAUAGGACGCUCGAGCCGGUGCGUCCGCCCGUUGUCCCUAACGACUACGUCUCAAGCCCGACGCGCAACAUGGCGCAGCCCCAGCAGAGCCCUGCACGCACUGCAUCCGUUAAUCAGAGGAACCGCACGUACAGCAGUGGGAGCAGCGGAGGCAGCCACCCCAGCAGCAGUCGCAGCAGCAGCCGGGAGAACAGCGGCAGUGGCAGCGUGGGCAUACCCAUCGCUGUGCCGACCCCGGCCCCGCCCAAUGCCUUCCCAGGUGCUCAGCAGUUCUACAGCAUGAACCGCCCGGCGCAGCCACAGCUACAGCAGAACUCGCAGGUGGGAGGCUCCCUGCCGUACCGCCGGCCUUCGUCUGUCACCGGUCAGCCCAACAUGGCCCAGAGCCAGCUCAACGGGGGACCACACUUCGCCCAGAACCAAGCCGGCCCGCUCGCGCCCCCUCCCCCCUCCAUGCAGAUCACCCCUCAACUGCCUCUGAUGGGCUUUGUGGCCCGAGUUCAGGAGACUAUCUCAGACGUGCCGCCCCCACCUCCGCCUUCCGACGAGCCGGUGUUUGACGAGCCGACGCCUCCGCCACCGCUGCCGGAUGACUACGAGGAUGAAGAGGACGAAGACGAGUCGGCGGUGGUGGAGUACAGCGACCCGUACGCCGAGGAGGACCCGCCCUGGGCCCCACGCAGCUACCUGGAGAAAGUGGUGGCCAUCUACGACUACAGCUGCGACAAAGAGGACGAGCUUUCGUUCCAGGAGGGCGCCAUCAUCUACGUGAUCAAGAAGAACGACGACGGCUGGUACGAGGGCGUGAUGAACAGCACCACGGGCCUCUUCCCCGGCAACUACGUCGAGUCCAUCAUGCACUACGCCGACUGAACUAUCCCCCGUCUGAGAGGAAGAGGAGCGGGAGGAGCUCUUGAUGAGGAAGGGAAGGGGUUUAAGGUCAAAGACUGUGAUCAGGUAGAGUAUGAUCACCUCCGUGCACGGAGAGAAGAGAGAAGCAGGUGGGAAGACGGAGCAGUUUUUAAAGAAGUUGCAACAUGACAAACUGAAGCCCUGUCAUUCUCUCGACAUAGUCGCCAUUGUAAAACAACCACUACUCUAGAUAUAUCCUUCCCUGACAUAUUUCUUUCUUUGUUUCUUUAUUUGACUGAGGACUGGAACGGUGAUGGAUUUGUUGUAUUUUGAGAGUUUUGUGUUACAUCGUGAGGCCACUACAUUGAAUUUUUGCUUCAUCUGUUUCUUUUUUGGGAUUUGUUUAACCAAAUUGCCCUUAUUUUUAAGAAUAUUUAUUGGAUUUUGUAGUGGUAUAAAUGGUGAGCAGGUAGAUGGGGCUGCUGAGAGGGAUUUCUACGUUGCAGCCUCAGAGAAAGGGCUGGAGAAGAAUGUGUCGGCCCGUGUAGAUUCUCUCCUUAACACUCCAGAGACGUUUAAGAGAAAAACACACCUCUCGCUAUAUAUAUAUAUAUAUAUAUAUAAAGUAUGAUGCAACAACAAUAUCCUCGAAGGGGACAAAGUAGUCAUUUCUGUACUUGACAAAACUUUUUAGUUAGGUACCUCAGCAGGGAGUGCGCCAAAGCUGACAUUUAUUAAGAUAAGCACAUCAAAUGUCUUAAGGUGACACACUAAGCAAGAUGAAGGUGGGUCUGUGAAGACGCCUGAAGGCCAACGGAAAACCCCCGAGAGUGGUUUAAAUCCACAUUCACCUUUAUUUUCAAAGUUUAUUUAAUUAUCCGAAAAUGUUUUGCACCAUUGCAAGUCCGAGGUUGAACUCAAGGGGGCGAGUUGACUCACUACAUUCUCCACUUUUGCUGGCCAGUGUGCGUUUUAUGGGUCCAACCCACAAGUGAGAGGAGAGCAAGAGCUCGUCAGCUGCACAAUGACCUGGAUUAUGAAGUCUUACUCCGCAGCUCCUGUCGUGAACAGUAGGAACGUUUCAGCUCGGCCGGCGCACUAAUCGUUUGCAGUGAUCCUACGCACUCGACACGAAGGGUUGAUUUUUAUUUUUUAUGUUGUCAAGAGUUUUACCAAGGUGGUCCAGGAUCAAGUUUAGCUUGCAGAGCGGCAGACUGCAUGUUUCAACAAGGGGGAAGAAAAAAACAACCUUUUCUCUUCUGCUCUUCUGAAGAUUAAUGUCUUAAUACUUUUAGAUAUGGUGUGGUUUGGUUUUUUGAUAUUCACCUACAACGACGACACAUUUAGGUCAUAUCUAAGAUGCUUGUGCCAUAUUGAAGUGUGUGUUGCUGUUCCAAGGUUCUCACUUCAUUUGCAAUAAAUUGGCCGGAGUGGGGUUGGAUUUGUCGUUGAGACACAAAACUUUAUUCUCUCCUAUUUUUUCAUUUUUCUCCAUCCGUUUUCCCCCAAGUUACUUUAAAUCAAAAGCACAUACAUUUGUAGUAAAAAGGUGUAGAAGAAGAAAUAAUAUAAAUGUGAGAUGUAUUACGUCCUCAAAAAACGGGACUUAUUGAAUAUGAAAAGAAGCCAGCUGUUGUGUUGAAAUGGUUUUAACCGUCGCAAGCCCCCGAUAAUUCUUAACGGCGUCAGUUUAGGCAUCGUCGGUCCUCCGUACUGUUUCCAAUACGCUUGGAUGUUGGGUGUUUGCGAGGGCUCAGUGCUUGUACUUAUGUCAGAAUCUUUAUUUUCUAUUAAAAAAAAAAAAGAAAUAAUAACAAGUGGGUCUGUAUGUGAGUCUUGCAUGCCAUUGUUCUUAUCUGUACUGGUGUCCCAAAAAAAAAACCCUGUGUGGCAAGAUCACCCAUUCUCAAACAGACAAGCAGCCCUGCAGCUCUGACCCGGUACCGCCAGCCUCAUCCAAAGAGACUGUACCCACCUUACUUCAAGCCCGCCUCCGAGGAGUCGUCUCUGACCCGCGGGGGGGAGGACGGAGGGGAAGGGACCUGGCUCCCUCCCCCGUCAGUAGCCGCCAUUGCGUCAGUGGCGAAAAAUCCUGUGUGUGAGCUGCUCGUGAAUCCUGCGGACAAAGAACCCCAACCGGAGGGAGGGAGGGAGGGAGUUGAACGGAUGACGAUAAAUGUCAAUGCUCAAGAUCAAUUGCAAAAAAAGCUUGACUCUUGGUUUUUAUUUCUAUUUUCCAACGCUCCAAAUGGAAAGCCCGGGUCUGCAGGAUUCACAGCCCCUGGAGUCACAGGCGUCCCUCGGGAUGCGGAGUCUAAACAGUCCAUAAUGCCAUUGUGUUGCACAGUUAAAGUUGAAUUGCAGAAGUAUCAUAUUUGUAAAAUUCAUGAGAACAAAGACAAUAAAGUUAUUAAGAUUUA